CAUCUGACAGCUUGAUUAACAUCAUUUAUUCGUGUCAUCGCUGCUUCCUCACUACCCAUCAAGAACCGAGUCUAACUUUACAUUCGCGGGUUAGAAAAGCACAAGACUUCUAGUCAUCGACCUUGUACAAUGCAGAGAAACGCUGCGCACAUAUUGUUAGGAGUCGAGGACGGUCCGGCCGUCCUCGUGGACAUAGUGCCUAUGUAUUCUUCUAUGACAGAGGCUCUUGGUCCCCAGGACGAUUGGACUGGCAUCAAAGAGCGAGCCGAUAGGCGCAAAAUACAGAGCAGACUAAACGUGCGGGCACAUCGCAAGAGGAAAGCAUUCGAGGCCAAAAGGCUUGUGCCUAACGUAGCCGCACCCCGUAGGCGAAAGCCACGCAUCGAGACCGUGUCCUCUAUUGCGAGUUCGCCAACAAGCAGUGCUCGCGAGCGUCAAGAGCAGAUCAGCGACGAAAAGAGCACCAAAAAUCAUAUUGCUUCGAGAAGAGUGUCAUGUCUACAGUCUGGGACGCCGUGGAUGAGAUUGGAAGGCCCAUUCCCACUCGGCCGUGAUCAUCUGAUCCCUCUUAUCCAGUAUAAUGUCUUCCGUGCCGUGGCUACCAACGUUCAAAUCCUCCACUCCUUUGACGCGCUGUUCCAGCCACCACCGAAGGGCUCUUGCGUUCUAGAUAGCAAGCUGGUGAAGUUCCCUGGCCCUUCUUCCACAGAGAGCCUGCCAGAAAGCCUGCGGCCGACGUGGCUACAGCGCACUGUACCGCAUGGGUCCUGGAUUGAGACACUACCGCACCCACAGAUGCGUGACAAUGCUAUCCUAGCAGCGUCUUCGUUUGACUACGUCGAGCUUCUUGCAGAUGUAUUCGGCGGCAUGUGCUUCCACCAAGAAGAGAGCUCAGGUGGCAAUGGCGUGCUCGUCUGGAAAGAUCCAUGGCACCCAAUAGGCUGGGAGCUGACUGAAGGGUUCGCGAGAAAAUGGAGAGUACUGUUGGAUGGGUGUGAUGAUAUGUUGCAUGCCACUAAUUAUUGGAGGCUGCAGAGGGGCGAGGAUGCAAUUGAUUGGCAAGCUCUAUAGAGCUCUGUCGCAAAUCGGAAUAUGCAGAAAAAUGGGUGAAGCCCGAUGUAUUAAUCUACCUCAACUAUGAUUCUAUGAACUCA